AAAAAAAUUAUUUUUAAUUUUUUAUUUUAAGUUGGCAGGUAUGAAAAUCGGCCAUUUUAGUUAAUGUUGUUGUUGGGUGAAGGCGUCAAGUUGACGUUUAUAAAAAUGAGGAAGAGUUGUGGUGUAUUAAAAGUGAUUUCGAUUAAUACCGAAGUUAAUAAAUUCAGAUUAUAUGAUAUAAGUUAAGCAGUUGUGUUGAAGACUUUGAAGAGAAGGAAAUAGAACACGGAAUAAGCCUCGAAAGAUAAAAGAGGAGCCCUAGAUAAUGGUUGUUGGAAUCGCUAGACAUGUGGAAGUAAUCCAAACGGUUUCGGAGAAGUUAAAAAAUGCGAAAGGGAAGCUUCAUCCGUUUAAAGCGGAUGUUACGAAAGAAAACGAUAUCCUCGCACUCUUUGAAUUCGUCAAAACCAAAUUAGGACCCGUUCAUGUUUUGGUUAAUAACGCGGGGAUUGCGCGAAGCACGAAUCUUUCCAAUGGGGAUACUUCUAAGUGGAAAGAAAUUUUAGAUACGAACGUUUUGGGGCCUUGCAUCGCUACGAGAGAAGCGAUCCGAGUAAUGAAAAAGCACUCAAUCCAGGGACAAAUAAUUCACAUUUCGAGCAUUUUAGGACACUAUGUUGGUGUUAACAUUCCUUUUUUGAACAUGUACCCAGCUUCGAAAUUUGCAAUUAGGGCUUUAACUGAAACUUUAAGACAAGAAUUUGUGGCGGAGAAAGUUCCGAUAAGAGUUUGUACGAUUAGUCCAGGUUUUACCGACACUGAAAUUAUUAAACCCCUAUCACAAUACAAGGGAAAUGCGAGUUUCGCUAAAGCCUUUGAGGAAACGCCCAAAUUAAAAUCGGAGGAUAUCGCGGAUGCUGUUGUUUAUAUAUUAUCGACCCCUCAUCAUGUACAAAUUCAGGAUAUUAUGAUUCGUCCGCUUGGAGAGCGCUUUUAAUUCAAUUAAAUAUAAAAAUUAAUGUUAAUGUGACAAUAACAAAUAAAUUGUGAUUAAAAAUUAAAAAAUUUAACUA